AUGGAUGCUCUCAUUGCUUCGACUCGUUUUCUGAUUACUGGAAGCGGAGUCAAUGGCCUCGGGUUUGAAAUCCCAUCGUCAGCUCCAGCAAAUUCCAGUGGUCAGCUAGACGCUGCUCCUGUGGGAGUUUCAUUCGAGUUUUUCGCCUUCCCGGAAUACUUCCAGCAACUACCAUUGACAAAUUCUUGUUUGGGACAACUGCAGGAUGCGUCAGGAUCCUACUCGCCCAUUCGAAUUGGAGGCACAACGCAGGAUCGUGCGACAUACAAUGCCUCUUUAUCGUCGGCGGUCUCUUACAGCGUUGACUCGCCGGAUGAUGCACCAGAGUCACUCACGUUUGGUGACUCUUUCAUGGAAAUAGCAGCAGCCUAUGAAGGGGCGGUGACAAUUGGGCUCAACAGACGGCUGGAUAAUAUCGACAAUACAAUCGCCGCAGCGAAGAUCGCCAAAUCAAAUAUUGCCAAUCUCUAUGCCAUUGAGCUUGGAAACGAACCAAACUUCUUCACCUCAAGUGAUCCAAUCGCGGAUGGUCAGUCAUGGACAGCUGCAGCUGAUGCAGCCUCGCAGGUCUCAUGGCAAGCGUCGGUAGGGAGUGCUUUGGACGAGACGUCUUUCGCCCAAGCCGGGGUCUUCUUCGGCGUGGGUACAUUUAACGUCAGCAAUCUAGCCGAGAAAGAGGAAGAAACCGACAGCACCCAAUACGUGCGUUCUUUCUGCCACCAUUACUAUCCACAAUCCGCGUCUACCGCGGACCUAGACGAGUUGAUGAGCCACACCGAGAUAGUGGAGGGAGUGGCAGAGUUUCAGAGCCAGAUAGUGGCUGCACAGGAGCUCGAUAAAGACUUUGUCAUGGGAGAAACCAACUCGGCGACCGGUGGAGGUGGUGGUAUCAGCCCUACAUUCGGCGCCGGGCUCUGGAUCCUGGACUAUGUCAUGCAGGCCACCAUUCUAGGAGUUAAACAAUUAUUCUUCCACCAAGGAACAAUUGGCAACUGCCCGUAUUGUUGGUGGGACGAGUCGGUGAAUGCGCCAUUCUACGGCGCCUAUACUGCCGCCCUUGCCCUCUCUGGGGCCUCCAAAAUUGCCCAGCUAGACACCGGGGAUAGCAGGUUCGCAGCAUACGCCUUCUACGAUAGCAGUAACCAGCCCAUCCGUGUGUUGCUGUACAACUCGGAGUAUUACACGUCGGGGACGAGAAGCAACGUGAGCGUGACAUUGAGCGGCAUUCCUUCGGCAACCACUUCGGUAUCCGCGUUGCGAUUGACGGGAGACGCCGCGACAACGAUCGUCGGAGAGGGGACGAUCACCGUUGGAGGGCAGACCUUUGCGAACGCGACAUGCGAAUUGCAGGGCACCAAAGAUAUGGAGGCGACCACAGUAACAGCAGGGCGGGCAACAUUUACUGUCCAGGCAUCCGAGGCGUUGCUUAUUUAUGUGUAA